UUCUCUCUCUCUCUCUCUCUCUCUUUCCAUAACGCUAGAAGAGAGGAAUCCUAGCAACGUCCACGCACGCGACGGAAGACGAUGGACUUCACCUUGUUCUGCGUCGCGCUGCUACUUCUUGCCUCAGCGUCCACCGUCGACUCCUACCAGCCGUCGGACCGUGCAGCCCUCCUCGCCUUCAGAGCCGCCCUCCAUGAGCCCUACUUGGGCAUCUUCGACUCCUGGACUGGCGCUGACUGCUGCCGCAACUGGUAUGGCGUCAGCUGCGAUGCCGAGACCCGCAGGGUUGCCGACAUCAACCUCCGCGGCGAGUCGGAGGACCCAAUCUUCGAGCGGGCAAAGCGGCCUGGCUACAUGACAGGCACCAUCUCCCCGGCGAUAUGCAGGCUCAAGGGCCUCACCAGCCUCACGGUUGCGGACUGGAAGGGCAUCACUGGCGAGAUCCCAAGCUGCAUCACCACGAUUCCCUUCCUCCGGGUCCUUGACUUGAUAGGGAACCGCCUCUCCGGCGAGAUCCCGGCGAACAUCGGGAAGCUCCACCGACUAACGGUGCUCAACGUCGCGGACAACCUUAUCACGGGUGAGAUCCCACGGUCAUUGACAAAUCUCUCGAGCUUGAUGCACUUGGACAUGAGGAACAACCGGAUUUCGGGUCCAUUGCCCCAGGAUUUCGGGAAGCUGAGGAUGUUGAGCCGGGCUUUGCUAAGCGGGAACCAGAUCACCGGGUCCGUACCCGACUCGGUUUCAGAUAUAUACCGGUUGGCGGACUUGGACCUUUCUUAUAACCAUCUAUCAGGUCCGAUCCCAGCUUCUCUCGGCAAGAUGGCGGUCCUCGCCACGCUGAACCUCGACUCGAACAAGAUCUCGGGCCCAAUCCCCCAAACUCUGAUCAACUCCGCGGUGAGCAACCUAAAUCUCAGCAGGAACGCGCUCCAAGGCACGAUCCCGGACGUCUUCGGGCCGAGGUCCUACUUCACCACGCUCGACCUGUCGUACAACGGCCUCCACGGCCCGAUCCCGAGGUCCUUAUCAUCCGCGUCGUUCAUCGGGCACAUGGACUUGAGCCACAACCACUUAUGCGGGCGGAUCCCAGGCGGGCCGCCGUUCGACCACCUCGAAGCCUCGUCGUUCAAGUACAACGACUGCCUCUGCGGGAAGCCCCUCAAAGCCUGUUAAGCCCGAUCGAGGUCCCGGAGCUCCAGAUCUAUACUCGACCCGAAUAUUACCGAAAUUUGUACGUGCGCACCUGUUGAUGUGAGGAUAAAGUCGUGUGGUGGUUUACUUAGGUAUAUGUCGCAUAAGAUAACGAUGAUUGAUAAUAUUACGGCGGGGAUCUGAUUUC